AGCACUUCUACCUUCUACGAUAUCCUUUUUGUUGGAAGCAUUGGGCAGAGAGUCAGUUGCUUUUGUACAAGAUUCGAUAUUUACCUUAGCACUUUUUAUUUUUUUAUCUUUCUUACUUAUUUACAAAAAUAAGUAGCUCUUUUUCCUUAGGAAAGACGAAAGCUGCACUCUGUGCUCUUUCAUCAUGAACGAUCAGGACGUAUUUAAAAUUCUACAGAAAAACUUAAAUUUGGGAAACUCAAACAUUUCAUCGUCAUCCUCCAGAAAUGAAUCUCCUGCCGCUACCAAUGCUCGUUCUCCUCCUCCCUAUGGAGUAACUUCUACCUCUGGCGACUAUUCAAACCCGCUGACCGGCAACAGACAACAGGAGCAAGAAGACCAGCGGCCUAAAUUACUGAAUCUUUUUAACUUUGGCGCUGAUAGCUUCCAACAUCAACCUUCACCUCCACCUUCAACUUCGUUUCAAAAUGCCUCUACCUCACACAAUGCUGACGCCCUUCUUCAGGCUCUACGUGAAGGCAACAACAAUAAGCCUGAUGGUAGUCAGCAAGCCCAAUCUGCUCCAUCGUCUAAUAAUCCUAGCGACACAACUUUUGAUAUUCAACGCUCGUUUUUUGGCAAGCCCUCAAGCCCUUCUCACAAUCCGGAAAGCGCCAUGUCUGCUUCUGACCUAGAACGCAUGCUCCUGUCUUCUGGCGAUCGUGACAACUCUAAUAAGGGUGCUUCCUCUCUCCCCUUUCUUCCACCCAGAGACACCUAUGAAUCCCAGUCUAGCAUGACGACCGCCAGUACCAGCAUGACGGUCCCUUCCGAAUCCUCGGAUCCCAAGCAUCUCAGUAACUCAUCAUCCUCCUUUUCUUCUGAUGUCCCAUCCUCUUCCAAAUUAGAAAAAGAUUCUAGCACUUCUAGACCGUCCUCCCAAGUGUCGAAUGACGAAAGUAGCGGUCUCUUUCGCAUCGAUAACCCUGAUUCUGGUGACUUUGUUUGGGAAACUACCAUUACUCCUGAUUCUUUUCGGACCACUCCUUUCCCUUCUAAUGGUCGGUUUGACAUCGCCAUGGUCGAGCGUGAUUUGGAUGCCCAAGAUAAUCAGUUAAUUCAUACUAACAAGGACUAUAUUGCUUACUCCUUAACUAACGAACCUAUGGUUCGUGUCAUCGAAAUUUCUACUGGAAAAUCUUUCUUAUUACACAAUACGUCUCCCUAUAAAUUUGUGUCAGUCGUUUGGGGCGAUGAUCCAAACAUUACCAAUCGCUUGAUGGUCAUUGAUACCACUGGACAAGUCAUCAUCUACUCUAUUGACAUGGCCACUGCUUCUUCCAAUAUUAUCUUUCAACUUUCUGGUGCUCAGUCAUUAUCGGACCCUAUUAAGUCUCGAUUCCACUGGUAUCCCAAUUCUUCUCGGUUUUUUGCCGUCGCUUUAAGCAAACAUAUUAUUUUCUUUGACUUAGAUCUUUGUCAAAACGUUCCUUUCCCAAUUUCUAGAUCCAUCAGUGUUAUUCAGCAGUUGCCUUGCUUUCUCAUCGAUACCGGAAUUAGCGCCAAAGAAUAUGACUUUUCUGCUGAUGGUACUGUAUUCGCUACCGUUGAUAAAGACGCACUUAUAAAGGUGUAUCCAGUUCCUUAUUCGUUUCCUACCUCUAUGGAAGAUCGACCGAAGCCAUCAGAUGUUACGCCUGUUGCUACCUUUACAACACGAACGGAACGUGGUAACUCGAAGGUGUUAGAGAAGCCAAUUAAUUUAAGAUUCAUUUCUACUCCCGGCACUAAUAAUAGUCGUUAUUUAAUCGUGGUCUAUGUUUUGAACCAACUUAUUACAGUUUUUGAUAUCUAUGCGAAGAAAGUUAUCCAAAAAUUCCGAUUUAGCAGUCCUUCAAAUCCAGUGACCACUACUUCCUUUUCACAAUUGUCAGUUGAUCAUGAUCGUAAAACAUUACUGGUUGGUAAUCCCCCUUCAAACACAAUCUUCUUCUUCCUUUUCUCUAAAGAGGAGACCGAUUCUGAAGUCAAAGACUUUCCUUCAACUUACGACUUGAUUUCAUCAUCUGUUAGCGGCAGCCAGCCAGUCAAAUCCGAUGCAAAAUUUUCGUACGUAGCUGCCAAGAAGUUUGAUGAUGCUGCUUGUGUUAGCUUUACUUCUUGUAAGUUACUCAGUGAUCCUGAAAAGUAUUGCAUUGUUGUUAGUACCACCAAGGGAUACGAAUAUUAUUGUAUACCAAUAUUCCAGGUUGAAAAAAAAACUGAUGAAUUGCCCUCACUCGAAAGUAAAAAGAACUGGGAAGCUGACGUCGGCGGUGUGGUUUCUGGUGAACGUCCAACAACGUCCCCCUCUCAGUCAGCAUCCGGCGUAAGUACUCCCAGAUCUCAAACUUCUGUUUUCUCUAAAAGAAGAAAAGACAAGGGUGAUAGACAUGAGGCGAAACAUAAAACAUAUCCCUCUCAAUCAGGACCUUCAUCAUUGACACCUGGACCUAUUGAUAUUUCCAUGGUUGAGAAUAUCAUUUCAGGCGCUCUUGGCUCUUUAGACAAAAAUGUUCAAAAGAACUACGAAGGAUUAAAACAGUUGAUUGUAAAUUACAAAGCAACCCAAGAAAAUCAUUUCAAUGCUGUAUUAUCUGCUGUUUCUAGUACUCUUACUGAAAAUACUGGAAAGAUCCUAGAAUCCGUUGUUGACCAAGCAAUCAAGAAUGCAGUUACAGGGGAAAUUCAUGAAUUUGUUGAAAGGGCCAUGAAAGAUCAUUUUGGUACUUUGCGAGAUGCACUGGAAAUAAGAAUGAAAAGUUAUGAUGAGAGUAUGCGUUCUGAUUUCGGACAACACAAAAAUGCUCUUUUGGAUAUUCAAAGUCUCACGAAUAGCGUGAUUGAGUCACAAACUGAAUCUGAUAAGCAAUUUAACGAGCUAAACAGCCAUGUAAAAAAUUUGGAAGGUUGCAUAAACUCAUUAAUAGCUAAGGUUGAGUCUUUGGAAAUGAAAGACUUGAAAGAAGAAAGAAAGCAAGAAUUCAAUGAAGAACUAAAACCUGAUAUAAAUGAAGAAAUCCCUCUCCCAGCUGAUGUAGCUGAAGAAUCAACUCAACCGGAACCAUCAAACGCUGAAGUUGCCGAAGAAGCCGAUGACAACAAACAGGAAACUGAAGAUGAAAAAAUUUCACAAUUAAUUGAACAAGGUUCAAUUCGUGAAGCGUUAUCAGAGUGGUGUACAUCUCCCUCUAUUGAAGGUUUCAAGGUGAUUUGUACCUUGCCAACUGCGUCAAUACUAGAACAAUGCAGUAGUCUUCUUCUACUUACAUUUGCUUAUCAUACUGCUUUAUGUGACAUCGUUGACGACGAGCUUCUUUCCAAGCGUUUGGAGUACAUCGCCAAAAUUUGUUUGAGCAUUAAUGUGCUUGAUCCCAAGAUUGAGACUGUUAUUCAUCCUGUUCUUACACUUGCAAAGGAGUCUUUGAUUAAACAGUCUAGUAAUUUCUCACCUGUCUUUCAAAGACGCCUUGGUAUUGUUUUGCGUGCUCUUGAUGGAAAAAUUUCGGAGAUCAGCCCUUCUGUUUAAAAGGGAAGCUAGAGGUUUAAAUUCAUAAUAUCUUAUUAAUUACUGAAUUUGUUGGAAAGUGACCAAAAAAGUUGCUGAAUAGUAGUAGUUUUGAAGAUGUUAAGAGACAACUACAAUUGCCUAGGUUUAUGAUUACCAUGUGAUGACUAUCUUCUACGUUUUCUUUGAAUUUAUUGUUUAACUUUUUGUAUGUCUUCAAGCUAUGUGAUUUGAAGGAAAUUUGGUAAAUGAUGAUCGUGUUUCAGUAUUUAUGUUGUUAUAGUAUUAUCUCUGCAGAGAAAAUUAGAAUAAAUACCUUUUGGAUUGAUCAUUUUUUAAUAUCUAUUAUUUAUUUCUCUGAAC